AUGAAUGGAAGAGUGACGUCCACUUCGGCCAGAUGGGCAUCUACCGGAUUGCCGGACUUCCUCGGGACGGCCCUUUUAUUCCAUCAUAAUGGUCUUCCCCGGACUCCAUUUUACACCCAAAAAUAUCUGAAGGGAGCCCUCGAGGCGGCCGGUGUUCCCGCAUCCAUUUCCGCGUAAGAUCUGGCAAACUUUUUUUGCAGACUUGGUUUGAAAUUUAUUCAGAAACCUCGCGAAUUAUCGAUACAAAUUCUCGGCAAGGAUAAGAUCCGCGUUGGAGCAAUCGGGAGCGUUUCUCCCAUUGGACGAGGCUCACAGGAGGUUCGGAAAAGAACUGGCAAGAACGUUGGAUGCGGUUUUACCGGAAUAUGCACCGUUUAAUAUCUAUUUCUCAUACUACUACGACGCAAAUUCAACCGAAAAUGCGGUUUCGUCGAUUUUGGAGUAAGUUGUUACCUAAUUUGUUAUUAUUGGUUUAGAAAUGGAUGUGAGAGACUUGUAUUGGCCUCGAUAACACCGUUUGAAAGCCCUGAUCGUAUAAAUCUGAGGAGAGAGAAAAUUUUAAAACUGCUUAGUAAAGAAAAUCGAGAGAUUCGGGAUAUAAAUACUGGAAAUAUCAGUUUUGUGGGGAAGAAGAGACCAAUCUCUUUCGAUUUUCAGGAAGCCAGCGUUGGAGGUCACGAAUCGUUAGUCAGAGUGAGUUAUACCAUCUGUGGUUGUUAUAAGUAAUUUGAAGAUGAUUUUUGACAUUUUUUUGGUAUAAUAACUAAAUUUUCAGUAUUUUGCCGAGAAGAUCUCAUUAUCCGCUGAUUCUUCUGAUGCCAUUCUCUUCGCAGCUCCUUUAUCCCAUCCUUUACAUUACCUUCCCUACAGUAAACUUGUUCACACCACAAGUAAACGGAUAGCGUAUGCUUUAUAUGAGAAGUAUCCCCGUGCUCUUCCAUUCCGAGUGGCUUUUUAUCCGUCCUGGGAUUAUAUAUAUCCCUUCCGGUCGUUCUCUUCAAUCAAUUCUCAACUCAAGGAUCUGAACAAGUUUGGUCACAAGAACCCUUUGAUCGUUCCCUUAGGCACAUUGUUCCCGGAUUUUGACACACAAACCAUAAUCCCGACGAUCGUCCAAGGAAAGGUGAGCUGGUUUGGUCCUUGACCUUUACUUUUUUUUACUUUUAGACAAAUGUCCAACUCCUGCGACCACAAGGUCCGGAGAAAAGUCUUCUCCAUUCGAUGACAGAACUUGCCAAAACUCAGAUUUUGACGCAAAAAUUAAUGGUUGACAAGUCCCGGACCGAACCCUUGUUCUAG